GCGAUAUGACGAAUGCACAGGUUUCUCCGCAUCGAGUACUAUUAUUCGACUGCUGUACCGCAAAACGGACCGCGGGAAUCGAGAUUGUUCUCUGGCUAGCCGAGGUCAGAGAUUCAGCGAUAUCAGGUUUUUCCUGAUGAUUCUCCUGUAAAUGUUGUAUGUACGUACAUCACUGAAUCACGAUGUCGAACGGAACAUGCGCGAAACAAGGCGAUGCAAACAAACCGAUGCGGGAAAAUACGGAUUCGGAGGUCUUUUAUCAAAAAUACAUAUUAUCGGAAGAGACCACAACGAAACUCGAAUCCAUCAGGAGGAGGAUGAAGGAAAACAUCGCUCAGGCCAAUUCCACGUGGAAAGUGAUAGCGGGAGAGAAUGAAGAAAGAAUAUGCUCAGAUGAAGACAGCAGUACUGAUAACGAUGAUGCUGGAUCAGACGAUAAUGAAUCUCAAAUGUGCCGUCAGUCCGUGCUAGACACACCAUCCACCCAGUUCUUCUUCACUCAAGUCGAACGACCUCAAGUAGAAACUGAGAACUCUGUAGCUGCUCUACCGCAGAUGUGUGACAUUUUAGAGUCCGUUUGCGAGAAUCUCGAACGUAACAACGGGAGGCUGGACCUUGCUCAAUUCGAGAGCCUGUCCAAUGAUGAUCUUAUCUCACUGGCAGACGAACUGGCGGAAAAGCUGGGUUCAAAGGGUAUCUACAAUCUGUGCCAGUCGAUGAGCGACAUGACUGUCGAGCAGGGAAUGAAAUAUCUCAAUGUGUUGUGCACGCAUCUGCUGCUGCCAAAGAUAAUUGAACUUGAGGAACCAUCUCGAUUGCUGACAUCCGCAAUCGGAGAGUGCGUGAAAACAUUUCCUGAUGAGAUCCAACGAUUUAUAUUUGUUCCUAUUCUCAACGCUGAGUUGAAAGACACAACGUUGAUCACUACUAUCGUGAAUACAUUCGAUCUGCAGAAAAGAACGGUCCUGCUAGAAGAGUUUCUUGCAAAUACCGAGGAAUUGAAGUCGUGGCACAUAUCCAUGUUGCAAAAUUUCUUAUCCGUCAGAUUUGAUCAUAACAUGAUCGACAAAGUUACGAAACUAUUCUCGGGAAAGGCACUUUGUUAUUCCAAAGAUAAGAACUUCGGCAAGCUCUUACUGUCGUUCUUAAAAAUUAAUACGAUGCUGUCCGAAGAGCAGAAAAAUCUAAUGGGUGAGAUCAUCGCCGUGAAUGAGACAUUAUUCAAAAGACCCAUGGAAAACCUCUUGAGAAGUAUGUGAUGGUUGAAACACGUGUGUAACAGCGGGAAUCAUAAUCCAAUUUAUUUUUCUUAGUUGAUAUAUUCUUUAAUAUAUGGUUGGUAUAUUUUUUAAUACAUGGUUGAUACAUUUUCAAGUACAUUUCCAACACACA